AGCGCACUGGCCGCACCACCCUCAUCACCGUCAUACUCCAGGUUCGCUUCCAUAAGCCAUGGCUACGCUUCGUCUUCUUCUUGUGUUCGUGGCUCUCCUGGUCUUCCUCGCCCAGAUUUCAUCUGACUUCAACAUCGAAGGAGAGGAGAUGCCAUUUGUCAGCCAGGUGGUCGUGAGAGGUGGAAACAGAAGGCUGAUGCAAGACAUAGAUUGCGGAGGGUUGUGCAAGGACAGGUGCAGCCUACACUCAAGGCCCAACGUGUGCGUAAGGGCUUGCGGGACGUGCUGUGUGAGGUGCAAAUGCGUGCCACCAGGCACCUCCGGCAACAGAGAACUCUGCGGCAAAUGCUACACUGACAUGACCACCCAUGGCAACAAGACCAAGUGCCCUUAAACCCCCCUUUCCCCCCUCCCCCUGUCUCUUCCAACUGGGUCGCCUUUCUUCUUUUGUCUUCCUUCAACUCUGUCUUAAUGCUUUCUCCUGUGUUUUCUCCAGUGUUUUUCAUGGUAUAUAUGUUUGAGCUUCAGUGUA